AUGUGCCUGUCCGAAUCCGUUGUUGUUGACGCGCGAAGCGCCUUUAUCGACUUCAGCCUCCCAUACACAGAUCCUGUCUCCGGCAUUGCUGGCAUCGCUGGUCGCAAGCGUUCCUCCAACAGCGUCGGCAGCACAGUAAGCAUCCACUCCGAGCGCUCUGGCCCCUCGCCCACGCUGAUUCGCCGGCUGCAGGGCAGCGGAGCUGGUGCCGGUGGUGGUGGUAUGGACUUGAACAACAGCGUUGAUGUGCAGAGCACCACCACAAGCACGCCGGCCAGCAGGCAGCAGCAGCAGCAGCAACGACGGCAACUCCUGGAACAGGAGCAACAGCAACGCAGGCAGAAGCCAGUGCUGCCCUUCUCGCCGUCGCCUCAACCUUCACCAGAGAACAUGAGCCGAACACGGCCCGUGUCACCCUCUGCGUCAUCGCUGAGCCUCCUUGAGCACGUGCGUAUGGACAAGGAGAGCCUGCAGGCACGGUACGACGACCUCCAAGCACAGGCGCAGGCCAUGUCGCUGGAGCUCACGGCGCGGCAACAGGACAAGGAGGACUACCAGCGUGUGUUGCGCACACUCAAGGCGCAAUUGGCGUCUGCAAGACAGGAAACGGUUUCCGUUGAAACACGAUUGCGUAGCGACAACCAAACGCUGCGACAGCGCAAUUUACAGCUUGAGGCGGACAACACCCGCUUGGAUGUGGAACUGGACAAACUGCGCACACAGCUCAUCAAAGUGCACGACUCUGAAGACUUGCUGCCCGAACUGCAGGUGCAACGCUGGGGUGACAAGGAUGAAGGUGGUGAACGCGUUGGGGUGACGAGGCAAGCGAAAGCGGCCCUGCAGGAGCAGCUGAAGGCAACAAAGGCGUCAUAUUCAGACAGCAUUCGCCGCAUUGGCCAAGAGCGCGAUGACGCAAUCAAGGAGCUGAGGUCGCAGAUGGCGCACAUGCGCGCAGAGCACAACACGCAGCUCAACGCAGCCAUCAACGAGAACGAAAAACUGCGGCGCGUGUUGGACGAGCGGGAAAGCACGUUGCAGCAGAAGUUGCGUGAUGCAAAUGACGAGAUUUCAUCACUGCAAAUGGAUUUGGCAGCGCUCCGAGAACGCAGGAAGCAGGAGCAGGACCAGUUUGAUGAGUUGAGACGACGCGACAAGGAGACGUGGCGACAGCGUGAGCAGGAUCUGCGCACGGGGCACGAGCGGGCAAUGCAGACAUUACGGGAGGAAUUUGAGCGGGACAUAUCUGGGCUCAAGCAGCGCAUCAUGACCAACACCAGCGAUGACCAGUCGCGGGUGGCUGAGCUGGAGGGCGACGUGAAGCGGCUGCAAUCUGAGCUGCAGCAGCAGCAACACGUUGUCAACGCACGCAACGCCACGCUCGCGUCCUUGCAGGAAGAGCUCACUGCAACGAAGAAGGAGAUGGAAAGCAUUCAGGCCAGCAGCACAGAGGCGCGCGCAGAGUUGCGUGCGGCGCGUGAACGGAUUGCGUCAGCGGAUGCGGAGAACAGGACGCUGAUGGCUGCGCGCGACGACUGGGAGCGCCGUGCGCGCGAGGUGGAUCGCAACGCCUCCGCCCACGUGGACAAGCUGGACGCCGAAUUGCAUCAUGCGCACCAACAGAUACAAGUCCUGCAGGGACAGCGCGACUCUGCCCUGCGCUCGCGUGACGAAUACGCCGACGUGCUGCACCAGCGCGUGGAGGAAGUACGACGGCUGCAGCAGCAGGUAUCGACGCUUCGCCAGGAAUACCAGGCCCUCGCCGCCAGUCAGCGUGGCGGCAGCGGUGGUGGUGAUUCAGCAGCAGCAACAGCGACCGCGCUUGCAGAGGCGCAGCGCCAAGCACAGCAGCGGGAGGCCGUGUUGCAGCAGCAGGCGACAGCGGCCGACGCACGCGCACAGCAGUGGCGGGAGCGCGCGAGUGCUGCUGAGGAGCGGGUGUCCCAGCUCACGUCCAGUGCAACUCGCCUGCAGCAGCAAGUGCAAACGCUUCAAGCACAGGUGGCACGACUGUCAUCGUCACCUGCCACAUCGUCGCGAGGGUCGCCGGCCCAUAUGGACAGCGUGCCGCGUGAAGAAUACGAGAGUGCACUGCAACGCGUACACGAACUUGAGAAGGAGUUGCGGGUGACACGGCAGCAGAGGAACGAGACGCCGGCAGCGAUGAAGAAGGAAAGAAGUGGCACGAGUUCAGCGAAGCAGAGCGAAGAGAUUGAGGAGUUGAAGAACAGGGUGGAGUAUCUUCAGUCGGCAAACCAGGCGCUAAAGGAGGCCAUUGGCAUCGACGACGCCGAUGAGGCCUCACUCAAGGCAAAGAUGCUGGAGCGGAGCGGCUCGCCCGCGCGUGACGGCGACGGCCGCCGGCUGCGAGAGGAAAACGUGCGCUUGACAGCAGAAUGCGAGGAGUGGAAGCGAAAGUUUGCGUCGCUGCGCGCACGGCAGAUGGCGCCGUCUGGCACCGCCAGUCUCUCGGGCUCCUUUGACGCGCAGCAGUCGCAACACCAGCAACAGCGGCCUCCCUCUGCCUCAUCGAGCGUGCAAGGAACGCCACUGCGUCGCAUGGGGUCUCUGCGAAGAGCAAAGGCAAACUGCAGCACAUUUGGCUGA